AUGGCUCUCCUACGACGAGUGCCUGCCAAGUCACUGACGUAUACCACAUUAAUUAGCAGGCACUCUACUGCCUCACUAGCUGCCAAGGAUAAGCUCAACUUGAAAUACACACUCUCGUACAACCAAUACUCGAUAGCCAUCACUAGGCAAUCAAAAAGGACGCCAUUGACUGGCAUCAACUACAAGCACCAAUGGACUACCGUCAGGCAUAUGGCGGACAAGGUCAUCAAAGUCCCCAACAUGGCUGAAUCCAUAUCUGAAGGAACUCUAUCGAAAUGGUUGAAGGGUGUUGGAGAGCAUGUACAACGUGAUGAGCAAAUCGCCUCCAUUGAAACUGACAAGAUUGACGUCGCCGUAAACGCAAGCGACUCAGGCACAAUCGUCGAAGUAUACGCCAAAGAAGGAGACACUGUGAACGUCGGUGCCGAUUUCUACAAGAUAUCAUUGGGCGAUGCACCUGCUGAAGGAGGAUCUCCAUCAAAACCUGAACCUGCUCCCGAAAAGGCUGCUGCUCCUGAGAAACCUGCUGAAAAGCCUGCUGAAAAGUCUACACCACCGCCACCGAAAGCUGAAAAGCCUGCUGAGAAGCCAGCUGAAAAGCCUGCUCCAAAACCAUCACCAGCUCCACCUGCUCCCGCAACUGCCAAAGUCACACCUGGUCCUGCAGCUCCCAAAGAAAAGGCACCAACACAUGAAGUCCCUGCCUCUCCUUCAGGGUCAAGGACAGAACGACGUGUCAAGAUGAACCGUAUGCGAUUACGUAUUGCUGAACGCCUAAAGGAGUCUCAAAAUACUGCUGCUUCAUUGACUACUUUCAAUGAAGUUGAUAUGAGCAAUUUGAUGGACAUGAGGAAAAAGUACAAGGACGACAUUCUCGAAAAAUUCGGCAUCAAAUUAGGAUUCAUGUCUGCAUUCAUCAAGGCCUCAGUACAUGCAUUAAAUGCCGUACCAGCCGUAAAUGCUCGUAUUGAUGGUGCUGAUGUCGUGUAUCAUGAUUACAUGGACGUGUCUGUUGCUGUAUCCACACCAAAGGGGCUGGUGACUCCUGUAUUGCGUAAUGUGGAGAGCAAGAGUUUCAUUCAAAUUGAGAAGGAGUUGUCUGAUCUGAGCAAGAAGGCACGAGAUGGUGCCAUCACCAUUGAAGAUAUGGCUGGUGGAACAUUCACCAUUUCCAAUGGUGGUGUAUUUGGAUCUUUGAUGGGUACUCCCAUUAUCAACCAACCCCAAGCUGCUAUCUUGGGCAUGCAUGCCACCAAGGAACGAGCUGUUGUAGUGAAUGGACAGGUGGUGGUUCGACCAAUGAUGUAUUUGGCUCUAACGUACGACCAUCGAUUGGUGGAUGGUCGUGAAGCAGUCACGUGUCUUGUGAAGAUCAAAGAAGCCAUUGAAGAUCCACGAAGGCUUUUGUUGGACAUUUGA